AUGCAGGACGCCAUCCAGGACGCCAUCCAGGACGCCAUGCAGGACGCCAUCCAGGACGCCUUCCAGGACGCCAUGCAGGACGCCAUGCAGGACGCCAUGCAGGACGCCAUCCAGGACGCCAUCCAGGACGCCAUGCAGGACGCCAUCCAGGACGCCUUCCAGGACGCCAUGCAGGACGCCAUGCAGGACGCCAUGCAGGACGCCAUCCAGGACGCCAUGCAGGACGCCAUCCAGGACGCCAUGCAGGACGCCAUCCAGGACGCCAUGCAGGACGCCAUGCAGGACGCCAUCCAGGACGCCAUGCAGGACGCCAUCCAGGACGCCAUCCAGGACGCCAUGCAGGACGCCAUGCAGGACGCCAUGCAGGACGCCAUGCAGGACGCCAUGCAGGACGCCAUCCAGGACGCCAUGCAGGACGCCAUCCAGGACGCCAUGCAGGACGCCAUCCAGGACGCCAUGCAGGACGCCAUCCAGGACGCCAUCCAGGACGCCAUCCAGGACGCCAUGCAGGACGCCAUGCAGGACGCCAUCCAGGACGCCAUGCAGGACGCCAUCCAGGACGCCAUGCAGGACGCCAUGCAGGACGCCAUCCAGGACGCCAUGCAGGCACCGUGA